CCCAGAACGCCAGCUCCAGCGCUACGGACAGCAGAAGUGAGUACGUGAGCUGUGCAGCCGGAUCUCAGUUCUCACCCGGACGGCACGCGCUCCCCAAGCCCGCGAUCCGAGUCCCGCCCGCACAGGAACGUGCACGGGGAAGCACGACCACCUGCGCCCUCUGCCUCCCGGAGUCCUCCGGUAUCGAGCCACCCAGCGCCCGGGAUCCUCCCGGACCGGUCGGUCUGGAUUCCCGUGGGACCGACCUGCCAGCAUCUCCCAGAAGCGCCGGGCCGGGGGCGACACCUCGGUUCUGGAGUCUCCCGACCGUACUGCACCCCCUCCCUGCCCGGAUCUCUUGGAACCGUACGCGAGCCUUCUCCUCGGGCGGCCCCAGCCCCGCCGGCGCGGCCCGGCUCCGCGCGGCCCGCCUGAGCGCCCCGGGCCAUGGCCGGAGCCCGCCUGCCGCCGCCGUGGCUCCUGUUGGUCCCACCGCUGCUGCUGCUGCUGCUGCUGCUGCUGCUGCCCGCCGGCUUCUGGGCGCUGGAAGAGACCCUCAUGGACACAAAAUGGGUGACAUCGGAGCUGGCAUGGACAUCUCAUCCAGAAAGUGGGUGGGAAGAAGUGAGUGGCUAUGAUGAGGCCAUGAACCCUAUCCGCACGUAUCAGGUGUGUAAUGUGCAUGAGUCCAGCCAAAACAACUGGCUUCGCACUGGUUUCAUCUGGAGGCGUGAAGUACAGCGGGUCUAUGUGGAGCUCAAGUUCACUGUGCGAGAUUGCAACAGCAUCCCCAACAUCCCUGGCUCCUGCAAGGAGACCUUCAACCUCUUCUACUACGAGGCUGACAGUGAUGUGGCCUCAGCCUCCUCCCCCUUCUGGAUGGAGAACCCCUAUGUGAAAGUGGACACCAUUGCCCCAGAUGAGAGCUUCUCACGACUUGACACUGGUCGCGUCAACACCAAGGUGCGCAGCUUUGGGCCGCUUUCCAAGGCCGGCUUCUACCUGGCCUUCCAGGACCAGGGUGCCUGCAUGUCACUCAUCUCUGUGCGUGCCUUCUACAAGAAGUGUGCAUCCACCACUGCAGGCUUUGCACUCUUCCCUGAGACCCUCACGGGGGCUGAGCCCACCUCACUGGUCAUUGCCCCUGGCACCUGUAUCGCUAAUGCUGUGGAGGUGUCGGUGCCACUCAAGCUGUACUGCAAUGGUGAUGGCGAGUGGAUGGUGCCCAUUGGUGCCUGUACCUGCGCCACUGGCCACGAACCAGCUGCCAAGGAGUCCCAGUGCCGUGCAUGUCCCCCUGGGAGCUACAAGGCAAAGCAAGGAGAAGGGCCCUGCCUUCCUUGUCCCCCCAAUAGCCGCACCACCUCACCAGCUGCCAGCAUUUGCACCUGCCAUAACAACUUCUACCGUGCAGACUCAGACUCUGCAGACAGCGCCUGUACCACGGUGCCAUCUCCACCCCGGGGUGUGAUCUCCAAUGUGAACGAGACCUCACUAAUCCUCGAAUGGAAUGAACCCCGGGACCUUGGUGGACGGGAUGACCUCCUGUAUAAUGUCAUCUGCAAGAAGUGCCAUGGGGGCUCUGGGGUCGGGGGUCCCUCAACCUGUUCACGCUGUGAUGACAACGUGGAGUUUGUGCCUCGACAGCUGGGCCUAACAGAGCGCCGGGUCCACAUCAGCCACCUGCUGGCCCACACACGCUACACCUUUGAGGUGCAGGCAGUCAAUGGUGUCUCAGGCAAAAGUCUUUUGCCACCCCGCUAUGCAGCUGUGAAUAUCACCACCAAUCAGGCUGCCCCCUCUGAAGUGCCUACACUCCACCUGCACAGCAGCUCGGGGAGCAGCCUGACCUUGUCCUGGGCGCCCCCAGAACAGCCUAAUGGAGUCAUUCUGGACUAUGAGAUGAAGUACUUUGAGAAGAGUAAAGGCAUCGCCUCCACUGUGACCAGCCAGAAGAACUCAGUGCAGCUGGAUGGGCUGCAGCCUGAUGCCCGCUAUGUGGUUCAGGUCCGGGCUCGCACAGUAGCAGGCUAUGGGCAGUAUAGCCGCCCAGCUGAAUUUGAGACCACAAGUGAAAGAGGGUCCAGUGCGCAGCAGCUCCAAGAGCAGCUUCCCCUCAUUGUAGGCUCUACCAUAGCCGGGCUUGUCUUCAUAGUGGUUGUCGUGGUCAUCACUAUCGUCUGCCUCAGGAAGCAGCGGCAUGGCUCUGAUUCAGAGUAUACGGAGAAGCUGCAGCAGUACAUCGCUCCCGGGAUGAAAGUUUACAUUGACCCCUUUACCUAUGAGGAUCCCAAUGAGGCUGUCCGAGAGUUCGCCAAGGAGAUUGACGUGUCCUGUGUCAAGAUUGAGGAAGUGAUUGGAGCUGGUGAGUUUGGGGAAGUGUGCCGGGGUCGGCUGAAACUGCCUGGCCGCCGGGAGGUGUUUGUGGCCAUCAAGACGCUGAAGGUGGGCUACACUGAGAGGCAGCGACGGGACUUCCUAAGUGAGGCCUCCAUCAUGGGUCAGUUUGACCACCCUAACAUAAUCCGGCUGGAGGGUGUGGUCACCAAAAGUCGUCCAGUUAUGAUCCUCACUGAGUUCAUGGAGAACUGUGCCCUGGACUCCUUCCUUCGGCUCAACGAUGGGCAAUUCACAGUCAUCCAGCUGGUGGGCAUGUUGCGGGGCAUUGCUGCUGGCAUGAAGUACUUAUCUGAGAUGAACUAUGUGCACCGUGAUCUGGCUGCCCGCAACAUCCUUGUCAACAGCAACCUGGUCUGCAAAGUCUCUGACUUUGGCCUCUCCCGAUUUCUGGAGGAUGACCCCUCAGACCCCACCUACACCAGCUCCUUGGGCGGGAAGAUCCCUAUCCGCUGGACUGCCCCAGAGGCCAUAGCCUAUCGGAAGUUCACCUCUGCUAGUGAUGUCUGGAGCUAUGGAAUUGUCAUGUGGGAAGUCAUGAGCUAUGGAGAACGACCCUACUGGGACAUGAGCAACCAGGAUGUCAUCAAUGCUGUGGAGCAGGACUACCGGUUGCCACCCCCCAUGGACUGUCCCACGGCACUACACCAGCUCAUGCUGGACUGCUGGGUGCGGGACCGGAACCUCAGGCCCAAGUUCUCACAGAUUGUCAACACACUAGACAAGCUUAUCCGAAAUGCUGCCAGCCUCAAGGUCAUUGCCAGUGCCCCAUCUGGCAUGUCCCAGCCCCUCCUGGACCGCACAGUCCCAGAUUAUACAACCUUCACAACAGUGGGUGACUGGUUAGAUGCCAUUAAAAUGGGGAGGUAUAAGGAGAGCUUUGUCAGCGCUGGGUUUGCAUCCUUUGACCUGGUGGCCCAGAUGACCGCAGAAGAUCUACUACGGAUUGGGGUCACUUUGGCUGGCCAUCAGAAGAAGAUCCUCAGCAGCAUCCAGGACAUGCGGCUGCAGAUGAACCAGACACUGCCUGUGCAGGUCUGACACCGAGCUCCAACCAGGGGGUAACCCCCAGGACUGCACAAGAACUCUGACCAGCCGGCUAGACUUUUGGAUGCCUGGCCUUUGGCUGUGGCCCAGAAGAUGGAAGUCUGGGGAGGACCCAAGCUGGGCUUCUCUGGGCCUGUGCUCCCUCCCCAGGAAGUGUGCCCCAAACCUCUUCAUAUUGAAGAUGGAUUAGAAGAGGGGGUGAUGACCCCUCCUCAAAUGCCUUGGGGCCCAGGCCUUCCUGCUCUCCAGUGGGGAAUCCUAACAACCUCAGACCUGGCUGUGCUUCAGUAAUGGAGGUCCUGGUAGGGUCAGAUGGAAACCAGCCUGGGUUCCUCAGGCCCUAGCCCUGGCAGGGUUCUGGCCCUCCGGGUAGGCAGAAAGUACUCCCUCCCUCAGGAAAUAGAGGAGGGGACUCUGGAAAUGGAGAAAUAUUGCACCCCAUCCUGAAGCCAGCUGGUACCUCCAGUUUGCACAGGGACUUGUUCUGGGGGCUGAGAGCCCUGUCCCACCACUGCCCUUGGUGCUGUCAUAAAAGGGCAAGCAGGAGCAGGCUGAGGAGCAGAUCCCUGCCCCACAGAGACUGACUCUCAGAGCCAGAAAUGAGACGUGUAAGAAUGUGUUUGUGUGUGUGUUUGUGUGUGUGUGUGUGUGUGUAUGGUAUGUGCACAUACUGGCCUGCACAGAGCAUGAGUGCGUACAAGCUUGGCCCUGUGCCCUUUAGUAGGGCCAGCUGGGCAGACAGCGAAAUAAAGGCAAUAAGAUGA